AUGCAAGCAGAAAAUUCUGAUUCAUCAGAUGAUCAGCUACCAUUGCUGCCUAAUGUACCAGAGCUUGAUGUUCAUAUUCUCGAUGAGCCAUCUAAUGAAUCACCAUCAGUUUUGUCGAACGAUCCAGCCACGCGUCUGAGAGAUCUUGUUCGCUUUUACAUGAACCAGCUUACACUACUAUUUUAUCCUUUACUGGUUACAUUUGGGUUGAUUUGCUGGUUAGAGACAACCCUGAAUAUGGAUCCCUUACAAGAAAGCGGGGAAUCUAAUACAGAUGAAGAUAUAUCAAUGGGAGACAUUAUGGAACAACUAGGCAGCAGUAUUAUUUAUGCUCUGUCUAUGGUACUUGGAAUUGCUAUGAUUACAAUGAUGUUUGUCCUCUGUUUCAAAUAUAGAUUUUACAAGGUGAUGUUUCUCUGGCUAGGGUUUUCUGUACUCUCAAUCCUAGGCGUUACUGUAUCUACAAUAUGGAUUGAAUUGAUGGAGAUUUUCAAUCUACCCAUUGACUGGAUAACAUUUGUGGCCUGCAUGUGGAAUUUCUCAGUAGUGGGAAUUAUCGCUAUUUUCUGGAGUGACGGUCCAUUAUGGCUACAGCAAGCUUAUCUGAUAUUUAUCAGCACUGCAACGGCUAUAAGCUUGUUACGACUUCCACCAUGGACAGUCUGGACAGUCUUGGUAGCUAUUGCAGUCUAUGAUGUAUUUGCUGUGCUUUGCCCAGGUGGACCCCUUAAGCUUUUGUUGGAUAUUGCUGAAGAACGAGAUGAAGACGUUCCUGCCUUAAUAUACACUGCUGGAAUGGCUAGUCUAGAAAAUACAAGCGAAACUAUUGGGAUUUAUCACACGGAGGAAACUCCCUGUGCCUCCUCUUCGAAAAAACCGUGGACAUUGUUUAACAAGAAAAAGAGUGGUUAUGAAAGGAUUAUAGGAGAAGAAGGCGAUGUUGAAAAUAGUAUAAACACAAACUCUGUAAACACGCACAUUAUACAUAAUUCUUCAGAUGGUCCAUUUAUUCAAGAAGGCAGGGAGAGUGAAUCGGAAGUUCUUCAAGAAGAAGAUUGGAAUUCUGUUAAACUAGGGCUUGGAGACUUUAUCUUUUAUGGAGUGCUUAUUGGGAGAGCAGCCGCUACAGAUGCAAUCACAGGACUAUCAUUGACAAUCUUGAUACUAACUGUAAAACAGCAACCAUUGCCUGCACUACCAAUAUCUAUUCUUUUUGGAAGUUUGACGUAUGCCAUUGGGAGCUAUAUAACUACCAAUAUGCAUAUUAUGAUAUCGGUCGAUUUCAUACGCUCGGGAAAUGACCUUUGUGUUCCUAGUCAUCUUUUGAAAACUUCAGCAAGUGCAUAA